AUGGCGGCAAUCAUCGCCAACGCUGUAGCGACUGUCAGCAGCCUCGUUACCGGAGUGAUGAACUACUUCACUGACAUGUUCCUGACUCCUCCACAGACGGCAAGUCUGAGGUAUUUAGAGGAGACGGAGCUCAAAACUCUGCAGGGAGGUCAGUGAAACUCUUUGUACUGUUUGAGAGUGAGAUAGAUUAUUUUAUUAGAAGUUGAAAGAGUUUGUGUGGAGUUGAAAGGAGUCAUUGUGUAGCUGGAAUGCUGCAUUAGUGUUGCUUAACUCUCUUAACCCUUUUGCCUGGUUUCUUCCUCUCAGAAAGGAGGACCCUGAAAGCCAAAACUCUGUGGCAGAACUCUGGAGCUGUCAUCAUGGCAGUGAGGAGGCCUGGAUGAUUUUUGUGCAGAGAGGUAAAGUCACUGAAAGUUUAGUUUCCUUGUGGUUUUACAUAGUUGAAAAACAAUGACUGACAAAUGCAUCAAGCCAUCAACAUAAACCUUCUGUAUUACUAUUUUGAAUGCCUGUGAACUUCUGUGAGGAGGCAGGUGUUUGACAAGCACAAUGAAGAAACACAGUAUUAUGGGUCUGUAGAGCCAGAGGCUGCAGUUUCAGAGCCACAGUUCUAGUGGUGCCCCUGUGGGAUACAUUGUCAGUCUUGUUGCUGGUGAUCUUGUUUGCUUGUGUAGGUCAUAAAAAGACAACUUUAAACUUUUGCCUCUUUCCUAAGCAGCUUAAAACUCCUCACAGAGACCUUAAAAUCAAAAACAGAAUCGCAGUCAUUGAAGGAAUAUUCCGGCGUAGAAUUCAUUUAGGGUCAAACGCACCCUACUACAGAGUUCGACAACCCCUCGAGAGAUGAAUGUUGCCGACCGCUUUCUUUCUCUAGUUAUACCAACUUUAUCAACGACUGCAUGUUAGCAAUACACAGCGGUCUACAUCUCCACUCGCAAACUGCUACCAAAAAGCCACUCUAUAGCCACAAAUAAUGCUCAGAACAGCACCUAACUUCAUCAACAGUACAUAUAGGGUCCAAGCCACAGUACUAGCCACCAAACAUCUUUUUAUCUUUGCCUGAUUUCUUUAGCAAAGAGACCAAACACAACUCACCUACUCCGUUCCAGCAGCCGCUUGUUUGGAGCAAGACCUCAGGCCAGUCUAUUACAAACUACAGUGGGGUUACGCAGCUCAAGGAAGAACAUUUAUGAUCUUUUCUUUAUCAUUUCCUUGAAGUAAUAAUCACCAUAUUAAUCAUUUUGCACUGCAGACAUGGUAGGUCUCCUUCCUUGACGUCUCAGUCUAAUUGCGUUUCGGUGAAGAAAUGAUAAUAAAUGUUCUUCCUUGCGCUGCGUCACCCCGCUGUAGUCUGUAAUGGACUGGCCCCAGGUCUCGCUACAAACAAGCGGCUGCUGGAAGAGAGUAGGUGAGUAGGGGGUGUCUAACUCGGUGUUACGGUGUGUUUGACCCUAAUUGAUUUUAUGCUGGAAUAUCCCUUUAACUACAUGUGACAUUUUCCUGUCUAUUUGUCUGUCUGCAGGAGGCUGCAGAGCUGUCCUCUCUCAAACCCCUGUUGGAUGAGAUUGGGGUCCCUCUGUACGCUGUGGUGAAGGAGGACGUCGGUACGGAGAUCCAGAACUUUAGACCAUACUUCAAAGGGGAAAUCUUCUUGGAUGAAAAGGUGAGACACAGUCUGAUCAAUCUCCUCAUGAUGCAAAGAUUUUCCAACCCUCCAACCAGAUUUAACCAGAUUUUCAGCGAAACUUUUAUAAGCACACUGAAGCCAUUCAUGCUGUGUGGUGAAUCGGUUUAGAUCCGCAUGAAUCGAUAAAAGGAUCUUGUUUGUUUGUUUGAUUGCAGAGGAGGUUUUAUGGACCCCGUGAGAGGAGCAUGGGUUUUCUGGGGUUCCUGCGUGUGGGCGUGUGGAUGAACGGCUUCAGGGCCUUCAGGAACGGCUUCUUUGGAAACGUUUCAGGCGAGGGCUUUGUACUCGGCGGGGUCUUUGUAAUCGGUCGAGGACAGCAGGUAAAACUUGCAGUGCACUUUGACUGUAGACAUGAAAUAGUUUUAGUUUCUUUUCUACAAGAGGGAAAACAUUUUUGUUCUCUUUCAGGGAAUAUUCCUGGAGCACAGAGAGAUUGAAUUUGGAGACAAAGUUGAUGUUGAACAUGUCAUGUGGGCCGCAAGAAGAGUGGCCUAA